AUGAAUGAUAUUGAUAAAGUUAAUAUUUUAUUAAUUAAUGAUAUUUGUUAUGAAAUAUUGGAAUGGUUAGAAUUUCAGGAAAUUAUUUGUACUUGUUCACUCGUUUGUAAAAAGUGGAAUGAAAUUUCCCGAUCAGCAUGUAAAAUUCACAUCCGAAUAGAAACUAAAUUAAUGUUUCAAAAUUUACUUUUCACAUUGGAAAAAUUCAAUAAUAAUUUAAUGUAUUAUCAUAUUCAUGGAUUAACAUUUUCAUUUUCAAAGGCAAUUUCAGAUAAAACGAAUUUAAUUUCCAUUGAGAAAUUAAUGCCAAAUUUAAUACAUUUAGAUAUUUAUGGAAGUGAUAUUGAAGAUAGUGGAGUUGCUUGUUUAUGUAAAUUAAAAGAAUUGAAAAUAUUGAAUAUUGGUAGUAACAAAUUAACAUCUAAGGGAAGAGGAAUAGAAAUGAUAAGCAAGUUUAUGAAAUGUUUAACAAAUUUGGAUAUUUCUUUUAAUUCUUUGGGAAAUUCUGGUAUGAAACAAUUAAAAUUGGAUAAAUUGACCGAUUUGAAUGUUUCAUAUUGUGAUAUAGAUGCAACAGGCAUUCAAUUUAUUAGAAAUAUGACUUGUCUUAUCAAGCUCAAUAUUUCAGGUAAUAAUAUUAAUUGUAAAGGUGCUUUGUUGCUUUCCAAUUUGAAGAAUUUACAAGAACUUGAUAUUGCGUCUGCCUGUUUAAAAGAAGAAGGGGCUAAACAUAUUUCUCGAAUGGAUAAUUUAAAGUUUCUCUCUAUUUCACAUAAUCAAAUUCUUAAUGGUGGAGCCAAGGCCAUUUCAUCACUUUCUAAAUUGGAAAUAUUGCAUAUUUCGAAUUGUGAUAUUGGAUGUGAAGGUCUUCAAUAUAUUUCAAAGAAUUUGAAAAACCUUACUGAAAUUGAUAUUGGAGGCAAUCAUUUUGGGAUGGAUGGUGUUAUUGUAAUUGCCUCCAUGAAUAAUCUGAAAGUACUUUCAAUAGCUGAAAGCUGUUUAGGUUUACUUGGAGUUCAAUAUUUAUCCAAAAUGGAAAAUUUGACCUAUCUUAAUAUUUCAGAUAAUAUUGACGAUAUUUUUAUUGGAGAGUCGAUUAAUGAUUUACAAAAUUUAACAACAUUAUUGUAUACAAAUAAUAGUCUUUCUAUGGAUGAAGCUAUUACAAUUAGUUCACUAACUCAACUUACAACACUUAAUAUUGAAUCAACAGAGAUCAGUGAUGUACAUAUUGAAAUAUUAUGUAGCUCACUUCAUCAUUUAAUCAAUCUAUAUGCAGAUACCAAUUUCAUUACAAGUUGGGGAGUUAAACUAAUUAGUGAAUCAAUGAUUGAUUUAGAAAGUUUAUAUUUGAGUGGUAAUAGAAUUGGAGAUGAAGGAUUAACAUAUAUUUGUUCCCUUCAACAUUUGAGAAUUCUUGGAGUUUGUAAUUGUGAAAUUGGGGAUAGAGGUGUGCAAGUAUUGGUUAAUUGUGCCCCAAAAAAAUUAAGGGAACUUUUAAUUGAUUGUAAUGAAAAUAUUACUUCAAAAGGAUGUAAAUUAAUAUAUUCAAUACCUCAAUUAAAUUCUAUUUAUUUAGAAAAUAAUUAA